AUGGAGAAAUAUAACAAUUCUCGUGUGCUAUCACAGACUCAUGAUGCAAUACGUGCUGCUUCAGACUUGUACGAGUCAAUUUACUUAUGUAUUUUGAAGCAACAGCAAAUAGAAGUUGUUGAUGUAGCAUUGUCAAAACGAGAUUGUCAGAUCAUUAUGCCAACUUGCUCUGGCAAAUCAGCUUGUUUUCUCCUUCCUGGAUUGGUUGAGCGUGGAAUAACUGUUGUUGUUUCUCCAUUGAAAUCUUUGAUGUUUGAUCAAAUUAAUGUCAGUUUUGGUUGCGUUGAAAACGAUGCAAAUGCUACCGAAUUUUUCAUUGUGGAAUACGGAAUGCUUGGUGUGCUAAGAAAAUGUUUUCCAAAAGUGGCCAUAAUGGCUCUAACCGGCACAGCCAACCUUGAAACACAAACAAAGAUUUCUAAAUCACUAUCGCUACAAGAUCCUUACACGUCCACAACUAGUUGUGUUAGAGUUAACUUAAAAAUAGAAUUGAUUAAAAAGUCAACUUCAGUCCACAACUUCCAAAUUGUUACUGAAAUGAUUUCGGAUAGUUACAUGUCUUAUUGCGGAAUUAAUUACUGUUCUUCCCGUUUUGAAUGCGAAUCACUUGCCCGUCACCUUGUCAAUGCAGGAUUUACCGCCGCUCCAUAUCAUGCUGGUAUGACUGAUGUGCAAAGAGAAUCUUUUCAGGGAAAUUGGAUGUUGGGACUUUGCCAGAUCAUCUGUGCUACUAACGCUUUUGGCAGGGGCGUAAACAAACCUAAUGUCAAAUUCAUCUUUGAUUUACCAAUGCCAAGCUCAAUUAGUUCAUUCUACCAGGAGUGCGGCAGAGCUGGUCGGGACAGUUCUAUUGCUUCUUUUGUCCUUUUGUAUCAAUUUUAUGGUCAUUGUUAUUUACAACAUUUAAUUAAUGGGAAAAAGAUACAAGAAACUAGGGAUGCCGAGACGAGAGAACUCAAGGAAAUGUUGAGCUUUUGCGAGAACAGUUUUGAUUGCCGCAAUGCGUUGAUUGCAAAUCACCUUGGCGAGAAGCAUAUUUCAUGCGAAAGAGAUGGUCUCGUUUUAUGCGAAAAAAUGUACUGCUAA